UUAUUCUUUGUAUUAUCGUAUCUCUUCAUCAGGAGGCUACAGGCGGUUUCCUCGUCUUCACUGCGGCAGCUUGGCGAAGCAGGCGGCGAGAAGGUGCCCUCUUCUUUCCCACAGUUGCAAUAUUCAGUGAAUCUGAAAAGAAAAGCAAGCUUUUGAAGCAUCAACAUGAACGGAGCUUGCCCUUUGUUUUCUGCGAUUUACCCAACAAAGACCCCUCCUUUCAUUCUUCAUCGACCAGCAAAACCCUACUCCAUCCACUCCUUCACUGGGGUCAAGUUGCCACAGGCUGGAGCAUUUCCUUUGGCGAUGCCCUGGAGAGUUGGAAGCCUAAAUGAAGUCAUGGAGGUGGAAAUUGAAACCGAGAAUGCCGUGAAUGUGGGGGAAGUUGAUGGAUUACCAGAUUUGGAGAGGAAAUUGGAUGGGGAGGUACUGGAAGGGAGGAUGGAGGCUUUAGAAUCUAAUGGAGAGUAUUUUGGUAAGAAAAAGAAGAAAGGUGGUGAUUCGGAGGCCAACAACUACGAUAGAUUCAAGAUGAAUAACGGCAGAGAGGUGUUUGAGGAAAAAGCAUACUUAGUUGGUGUUGAAUCUAAAGGUACUGAAGCUGAUAACUUUGGGAUUAAUGAAUCACUUAAGGAGCUUGCAAAAUUAGCAGAUACUGCUGGUCUUUUGGUUGUGGGUACGACACAUCAAAAGCUUGCGGCUCCAAAUCCUAAGACAUAUAUUGGAUCUGGAAAGGUUGCUGAAAUCAAGAGUGCAGUUCAUGCCCUUGAUGUUGAAACAGUGAUUUUUGAUGAUGAAUUGUCUGCUGGGCAAUUGCGUAACUUGGAAAAGGCUUUUGGCGGAGAAACACGUGUUUGUGAUAGGACUUCCCUCAUUUUGGACAUCUUUAGUCAGAGGGCUGCAACACACGAAGCAGCUUUACAGGUUUCUUUGGCACAAAUGGAAUAUCAACUUCCACGCUUAACAAAAAUGUGGACUCACCUCGAACGCCAAGCGGGAGGCAAGGUUAAAGGGAUGGGUGAAAAACAAAUUGAAGUGGAUAAACGUAUUUUGCGUACUCAAAUAGGAAUUUUAAAAAAAGAACUGGAAUCUGUCAGGAAACAUCGGAAGUUAUAUCACAAUCGCUGUUUAUUGGUACCUAUUCCUGUUGUAUCCCUUGUUGGAUACACAAAUGCUGGGAAGAGCACGCUUCUUAAUCGUUUAACUGGAGCAGAUGUUUUAGCCGAAGAUCGUCUGUUUGCUACACUAGAUCCUACUACUAGAAUUGUUCGGAUGAACAACGGGGGACAGUUUCUUCUUACAGAUACUGUCGGGUUCAUACAAAAGCUACCUACUACUUUGGUUGCUGCAUUCAGGGCUACAUUGGAGGAAAUUUCUGAGUCAUCCCUUUUGGUUCACGUGGUGGAUAUCAGUCAUCCUUUAGCACAGCAACAAACUGAUGCAGUGGAAAAAGUUCUGCGUGAAUUGGAUGUGGCUUCAAUUCCAAAGCUUGUGGUGUGGAACAAGGUUGACAAGACUGAUGAUCCUCAUAAAGUAAAACGUGAUGCAGAAAAGAGCGGUAUUAUCAGUAUAUCAGCCACCAUUGGUGAUGGGUUGAAGGAAUUCUGUGAUGCGGUUCAAGCAAAAUUGAGGGAGUCAAUGGUACCAGUGGAAGCUUUUGUUCCAUAUGACAAGGGGGACCUCCUCAACACCAUCCAUCAUGUCGGAAUUGUAGAGAAAACAGAAUAUAUGGAGAAUGGGACGAGAGUCCGAGCAUAUGUGCCUCUACCACUGGCAAGGUCACUCACACCGAUGAGGCAACAAGUGGUUUCAGCUCUCUAGGUGCAUACAUGUUUCUAGUAAGAUCGCUCUUUUCCUUUUGCUUCCUUUCUCAUCUUCUGAUAACGUUGUUCUUUUUUUUUCCGUCAUUUGUGUCGAGUAUAUCAUGUACAUUUCUUGUAUUUAUCACAUACUAAGGUUUUAAAUGUUAAAUAAAUUAGCCUUUUUUUA